AUGACGUCACGCGCAGACUUCCGUCGCGUCGCGGGUCAAAAUGAAUUCUAUAAUAUACCCGACACCAGACAUUUCAACCACGGAGAUGAUGAAACCGAUGAAGGAAGUGAUACACUUUAUUACAAAAGUCUACAUAAAGAAAAGCCCAAAGUCAAGCUCACUGUUUCAAGUGACAUUAAGAAAUUAAACAAAAAGGAAACAUGGGAUUGGAAAAAGAGUUCUUCAACAAGGCCAACUGUGGAACUUGCAUCAGUCAGUGCAUCAGGAAGCGGCAUCAUAGGCAUGAUUGACACAAUUGACAGACCAGCAGAUGCCAAUGCAGAAGGCACCUAUGCUCGAGCUGGAGCAUAUGCGGAAGCUUUUGAGAACAAACCAGGAAAGAGGAUUCCCAAGGCUGGAGUCUAUGCAGAAGCAGGAAUUGGACGAGCUAGUGCUGAGUUCAGUGUAUUUAGGGUAGAAGCCAAAGGCCCAAACGCCGCAGCUAGUGCUGAAGCCACUGCGGCUAGACUCGGGGCUGGAGCAAUGGCUCAGGCUGAAAUUGGCAGCGCGUCAGCUAGUGCCGGUCCAUUGGAUGUGAAAUUGGGACUCGGAGUUGACACGGGUGGAUAUAUUGGUUUGGGUGGGGUGGAAGCCAAAUUCCUGGGAACUGGAUUCUCAAUCGGUCGAAAAACCAGUAUAUCUUUUUUAAAUUCAGAACUGUCUUUUUCGUUCUAAAAAUCUCACUUUUGACUGCUUCCCGGAUCUUCUGCAUAUCUACUUAGCACAGGUUUUCAAGCACUAACAUGCCGAAAACCCAUUAAGUAUUACUAAUAUUUAACCCACUUAAUCAUUCAAAACUCUUGCUCUCUAUUUGUUACCCUGGACACACAAACCCAGUCUUAAGUCUUAAUUUUUUCAAAACUGAUAUUUAUACAUCAUAUUGAAGCUGAAUAAAUAAAAUUUCCAUUGGUCUAUGGUUUGUUAGGAGGACAAUAUU